CUUAACCAAGGACCAAGGACCCCUCCCGGUGUAACCACGCCCAAUCAGCUGUUUCCUCAAGUUCGCCGAAGCUCAUGGGAAAACUUUUCCUCGCUCAUGUCCAGUCUGACGGUGAACCGAUGGUAGACUUCACCGCGUUUUGUUUUGGGAUUUAAUUUCUAAACCAACAAGUUGUGUCAGCAUGUCUCUGGCGGAUCAGCAGUGGUGUCCCACGAGCGUCCAGGUAACGGUGCACCAAGCCAGAGGCCUGAGGAUAAAGGGGAAAAGCGGCACCAACGAUGCGUUUGCGAUCAUGCAAGUGGGCAAGGAGAAGUUUCAGACCUCGGUGGUGGAGAAGUGCGUGGCCCCGGUGUGGAAGGAGGAGGCCGCCUUCGACCUGCCGCCGCUGCUGCUGCAUCAAGGUGGUGGAGGAGGAGGCACGGAGCGCUCCACGCUGCAUGUCCACGUCCUCCACCGGGCCCUGGUGGGUCCAGACAAACUACUGGGACAGGCUGUCAUCAACCUGCUGCUGCUCAGUGAGGACAAAACCCGCAACAAGACCGAAUGGUUUAAGUUGCUGGAUAAGACUGGCAAGGCAGACAAAGACAGAGGAGAGGUGCUGGUAGACAUCCAGUUCAUGAGGAACAACAUGACGGCCAGCAUGUUUGAUCUCUCUGCUGCCGGCAAGUCAAGAUCUCGUCUGGGCAAGUUCAAGGACAAAGUCCGCGGCAAGAAAAAGGAAUCUGACACUGCGUCUAACGUGGUGCCGCCCUUCAGUCAGGUUCUGACAGACAGCGAGGAGGAGGGAAACGGGGAUGGUGAGGUGGCUGUGGUAAAGGAUGAAAAAAAGAAGAAACACAAGAUGAAGUCUUUGUUUUCCCCCAAGUCGAACCUGCAGAAGAACAUGUCUCAGUCCAUGUCUGUUCUACCGGGGAAGAACUCCUCACUGAGCGGCAGCCAGUCGUCUGGUUUGAAUGUGGAUUCAUCUGAAGGUAAAAAGAAGUUCAAGUUCCUGAAACAUAAACGCUCAGGCAGCUCGGACAGCAAAGAUUCCUCCUUGGGUCAACAGAAACAUGCUGCUGCAGAACAGAGCAACUUGUGCAUCAAUGGCAGUCAUGUGUACUGUGAAGAGCCGCCGCCCCGGACCUCUCGCAUCGGCUCCAACUACAGUCUGGCCAGUUCAGGCCUCGGAUCCAUGGAGGACGUCCCUGAAAGCUCUCCUCCAUCUGUUGAUUCACUCAGGGCGGUGAGGCAAUACUCACCAUGGACAGAGGAAGAGGAGGAGGAAGUAGAGAAGAUGAAAGAAGAUGAGGGUGAACUAAAUAGGGAGGAAACAAUAAGGAUGGAGGAGGAGGAGAGGAGGAGAAAAGAGGAAGAAGAGAGGUUUAGGAGGCAAGAAGAGCUUGAGAGGUUGAGACAAGAGGAGGAAGAAGAGAGGGUUAGGAGGCAAGAAGAGCUUGAGAGGUUGAGACAAGAGGAGGAAGAAAGAAGGAGGACUGAAGAGGAGAGAGUUAAAAGAGAGGAAGAAGAAAGGAUUAGGAGGCAUGAGGAGGAGAGGGCUCAGGAAGAGAGGAGGCGACAAGAGGAAGAGGAGAGGCUUAGAAGAGAAGAAAAAGAGCGUGAAAGAUUGGCAGAGGAAAAGAGGAGACUAGAGGAACAGGAAAUGAGGCAAAGGGAGGAGGAAGAGAAGAUUAAGAUGGAGGAGGAAAGGGCUCAGGAAGAGAGGAGGAGACAAGAGGAAGAGGAGAGGAAAUUAGCAGAGGAAAAGUGGAAACUGGAGGAAGAUGAAAGAAGGAUUGAGGAAGAGAGAGAUAAAAAGGAGAAAGAGGAGAGGAUCAGGAGGGCGGUGGAGAGGGCUGAGGAAGAAAGGAGGAGACGAGAGAAAGAGGAGAUGCUGAGAAGACAAGAAGAGGAGCGUGAGGAAAAGAGGAGGCUUGAGGAACAAGAAAGGAGGUGUAGGGAGGAAGAAGAAAGGAUUAGGGUGGAGGAAGAAAGGGCUCUGGAAGAGAAGAGACAAGAGGAAGACGAGAGAGUGAGGAGAGAAGAAGAGGAGCGUGAAUUGGAGGAAAAAAGGAGGCUUGAGGAACAAGAAAAAAGGCAAAAGGAGAUAGAGGAGAGUAUUAGGGUGGAGGAGGAAAGGGCUCAGGAAGAGAGGAGGAGACAAGAAGAGGAGUAUAAAUUAGCAGAGGAGAAAAGGAUUGAGGAAGAGAAAUUUAGAAAGGAGGAAGAGGAGAGGAUCAGGAAGGAAGAGGAGAGGAGGAGACAAGAGGAAGAGGAGAAGGUGAGAAUGCAGGAAGAGGAGCAUAAGGAAAAGAGGAGGCUAGAGGAACAAGAAAGGAAGCAAAGGGAGGAAGAUGAGAGGAUUAAGAAAGAGGAGGAGGAGAGGAAGGCAAUGAGGGAAAAGGAAGAGUUUGAGAGAUUGGUGGAGGAAAAGAGGAAACUAGAGGAGGAAGAAAGGAAAAGCAUUGAGGCAGAAGAGAAGAGGAUAAGAGCGGAGGAGGAGAGGAGGAUGAAAGAAGAGGAAGAUGAGAGAGUUAAAAGGCAAGAAGAAGAAGAGAGAAGACUAGAAGAACAAAAAAAGAGGGUUGAGGAAGAAGAAAAAAGACAAAGAGAAGAAGAGGAAAGGAGACGAGAGGAAGAGGAGAGGGCUAGGAGGGAAAAGGAAGAACAUGAGAGAUUGGUAGAAGAAAAAAUGAGACAAGAGGAAGAAGAGAGGAGGAGAGUUGAGGAAGAGGAAAAAAAUCAAAGGGAGGAAGAGGAGAGGAGAAAGAGGGAGGAGAAAGCUGAAAAGAAGAGAAAGGAAGAGGAGGCCAGGAAGCUGGAGAAGGAGAAGUUAGCAAGGAAAGCAGAAGAACAAAAGAAGAAGGAAAAUCUAAGCAAACACAAAGCUGCAGGGAAGAAACCCAAAGAGAGCCCGGCAGAAGUCCCUUCCACUAAUCCUUUCGAUGAAAACUUUUCAAAUCCUUCCGAUGAGACUCCAGACUCACCUGCUGAACCUCUCCAACAAAGGGUCCAAUCUGUUGCAUCAUUGGUGGCAAGCAAACCCAUUUCCGCUGAUGAAAAGGAUCCUAAUAGUACUCAACGGGAGAAGCGGCCGGCUCCUCGGCCUCCAGGAAGGAAUCAAGCUGAGAGACAGAGUCAGAGGGAGCAGGACGAAUCUACACAACAUCUGGCACAAAUUAACAAGAAGAGUAAAGAGAAAGACAUCAAAACUGUCAGCGUUCUCCCUCAGCGCUCGGUGCAAAUGAUUGCUCCUCUGAGUAGGUCUCCCACUGAUGCAAAGAUGCAAAACAGUGCCACCAAAGAAACAUCAAACGUAGCCAAACACAAUAAACGUCAUGCUCCGCCUAGGCCUCGUUCUGAGGAAGAAGAGCCAUCAUCUGAACACAAAAAGGAGGCGAAACAAGUCCCAGCUGUCUAUGGUUUGAAUCCAUUUGAUGACGAUGAAGAUGAAAGUGCAGCCCAAAACGACACAACAACCUCUGGUGAUGCUGGUUCAGUACAGUGGCCUCCAGCCGUGUCAAGAACUGCAGAUCAAGAUUCAGCCUCUCAAACAAAAAUAAAAUCCUCAAAGACCCGCGCACCGCCACUUCCUGUAAAGAAAGCUGGAGGAGACCGCGUUACAGAUGAUAAAUGUGUGACUGAUAACGCUGCAUCUGACCCCAAGUCAGAGGCUGCAAGUCCUGUGCAGGUCCAGGAGGAUCCACUGCAGGUUUCCCAGCCUGCAACAGUGCAGAGUGCUGCGGGGGAGGCAGGUGGGAAGAAGGAGGGGCCUCAAAUAGCUCCACGCAGGCUUCAACCUGUAAAACCCCUCAAUCCUUUGGAACAGCAAUUUGUUUCAGGCGCUCAAGAGGAAAAAGAGAACAAAUCCACAGGAAUCCUUUGUGAAGUUCAGCAGAAAACAAAGGUAAAUGACACCGGGCUGAAAGGACCGUACUCCCAGCUGACUCGAGAGGAGCUCAUCUCUCUGGUGCUCAAACAGGAAAACCAGCUUUCAGAGAGAGACACAAAGAUAUCACAGCUGGAGCUGUACAUCGACAACCUGCUUGUGCGCGUCAUGGAAGAGCAACCGAGUAUUCUCAUGUCCCUGAACUCUUUGAAGAAAGCUGCGUAGGUGGAAUCACAGCUGACACUUUAUUCCCGCUGUAGCUAAUCAGUUCAGAGCCAGUAAUCUGACAGUACGACAUCAGAAACUGUAAAUUUACUGGAUUAUAUUAUGAAAAGUAACUGGAGUAAAAGUUUAGGUUUACAAGGUUUAAACUGUUUCCCACAAUGGCUGAUGAAUAUUUAAAUAUUAUAUGCAAACGACAUCUUGCAAAAGCUGUUCCAGUUCAGGAUAAGAGCUUUAAAAUUAGGGGAUUCUGUAAACUUCUAAUCAAAGAUGUUAAUAAGUACAAAGAUUCUACAUUUUUCUAAAUACUGAGCAUUUUGACUUUCCUCCUCUAUGUACAUGUUUGAAGUUGAAACAAUCUCUUGUGUAUUUGUUCUAUUUUCAUGUUCAGCACAAAUUCUUUUCACAUAUUACUUAAAUGUCAACUGUUGACACUUUGUCCAACUUAAUUACUGUAUUAAUGGUUUAAAAAAAAACAAACCACCAGCUUCCUGUCCCCUGGAGAGGUAUGAACAAAAAGCCCCUGGAGAGGUAUGAACAAAAAAAAAAAGCCUUAUUUUACUAUUUGCACUAGUUUGGUAGAAAACGUUUCUUGCUCUUGUACUGAAUGUCAAAGUUUACAUGAUUUGACGAACCCCCAAAAUGCACUUUACUCUGCUUCCACUAUUAAUAUGAUGUACACUGAAUUACUGUACUGUGCAGAGUUAUUGUAUUAAAAUAUGCAUAAUAAAAUAAAUGUCUUUCUGAUUAAUUGACAA